AUGGAUGCAACUACGAAGCUAAGGACUCUAGACAAUAGUGCACCAAUUGAUAAAGGAAGAUAUCAAAGGUUAGUUGGAAAGCUCGUUUAUUUAUCUCAUACUAGACCAGACAUUAGUUUUGCAGGCACUAGUAUUGCAAUGAGCACAGUGACCCAUUUAAUGAAUUGUCCUACAGAAGAACAUAUGGAAGCAUCACCUGGAAGAGUAAAAAACAAUUUGUUGUGUCUUGUAGUUCAGCAGAAGCCGAAUUUAGAGUUUUAUCUCAAGUCUACCAAUAGCAUUGCUAAGAAUCAUGUUCAUCACGAUAGGACAAAAUAUAUUGAGAUUGAUCGUUAUUUUAUCAAAGAAAAUAUUGAAAAUGGGAAUAUAUCACUCCAGUAUACCCCUACAAGCCAACAAACUGCUGACAUUCUCACCAAGGCAGUGCCAAGAAAAACAUUUGAGAAUCUUACAUUCAAGCUAGAAUUGCUAAACAUCUACAACCUAGCUUGA